AUGGUUAAUACCUACACUACUAAGCGUCCCGUUAAGAAAGGUAAUUGGCAAACACCUCUGGAGUUUCCUUAUAAAAAAUGGGAGAAUCGCGAGGUCCUCUUUGGGUUUGAGCCUCUUUCUGGAACUCAUUCUAGCGUAAAUCUUGGUGAGGUUGUUCUCCAGAUUCUACAAAACCAUUAA